AUGGCUGCCGGUCGCACAGAGUUUGUGCUUGCCGCUCUUGGGGUGCUUAGCGUCUGGUCAGCGGGCGGCUCUGGGCCUGUGGCAGAGACGGAGGCCGGUGGGGAAGCGGAGUGGGCGGAGCCGUGGGACGGCGCUGUUUUUCGGUCUCCUUCGGCGCUGGGCGUUGUGGGGGUGGCGCAGAGUCGGGGGAGCCGGCGGCUGGGGCGGGAGGAGGCAGCGGACUUGCCGGUACUGCUGUGGUGGAGCCCUGGACUGUUCCCCCACUUCCCGGGCGACUCUGAGAUUAUUGAGUGCGCGCGCGGCGCAUGCGUGGCGUCCCGAGACCGACGGGUCCGCGCAGACCCGCGGACGCGCGCGCUGCUCUUCUACGGUACCGAUUUCCGAGCAUCGGACGCACCCCUGCCGCGUUUGGCGCACCAGAGUUGGGUGCUCCUGCACGAGGAGUCGCCACUCAACAACUUUCUCCUUAGCCACGCGCCAGGCAUCCGCCUCUUCAAUGUAACCGCUACCUUCAGCCGCCACUCAGACUACCCGCUGCCGCUGCAGUGGCUCCCGGGGACGGCCUACUUGCUCCGUGCCGCACCCCCGCUGCGGGAGCGCGCCCAGUGGCGCCGCCGCGGCUACGCGCCGCUGCUCUACCUGCAGUCCCACUGCGACGUACCCGCGGACCGAGACCGCUACGUGCGCGAGCUCAUGCGCUACAUCCCGGUGGACUCGUAUGGGAAAUGCCUGCAAAACCGAGAACUUCCCACCCCGCGGCUGCAGGACACGGCCACAGCCACCACCGAGGAUCCAGAGCUCUUGACGUUCUUGUCCCGUUAUAAGUUCCACUUGGCCCUCGAAAAUGCCAUCUGUGACGACUACAUGACAGAAAAACUCUGGCGCCCCAUGCACCUGGGCGCUGUGCCUGUGUACCGGGGCUCCCCCUCUGUGAGGGACUGGAUGCCUAACAAUCACUCCAUCAUCCUUAUUGACGACUUUGAGUCCCCGCAGAAGCUGGCGGAGUUUAUUGACUUUCUGGACAAGAAUGACGAGGAGUACCUGAAAUACCUUGACUACAAGGAGCCCGGGGGCAUCACCAACCAGUUCCUCCUGGACAGCCUGCAGCAGCGGGAGUGGGGCGUUAAUGACCCUUUACUGCCCAACUACCUCAAUGGCUUCGAGUGUUUCGUCUGCGACCAUGAGCUGGCUCGGCUGGAUGCUGAGAAGGCCCACGCGGCCUCUCCUGGGGACACCCCUAUCCCUGAACCUCGCAUUGCCCAACCCUCACACAUGGCCUGCCCAGUGCCUGCGCCUGGCUUUGGUGGUGUGGAAGAGAUUCCUGACAAUGACAGCUGGAAGGAAAUGUGGCUGCAAGAUUAUUGGCAAGGUCUGGACCAGGGAGAAGCUCUCACCACCAUGAUCCACAACAAUGAAACCCAACAGACAAAAUUUUGGGAUUACCUGCAUGAGAUCUUCAUGAAAAGGAACCAGAACCUCUAA